AACGUCACUGACGACAUUGUGGGUCAGUGGGUUUGUGCGCGAAGGUGCAGAUGUUGGCGGUUUGAAUAGAGAGAAGAAGGUGGGAAAGGUCUGCUCUUCGAGCUAAACUGCACUUGACGGAGAAUUAAAGAAAACUUUCUGCCGAAAUGGAAAGCUGUGCUGGUAAAUACAUCCAAGUGAAGGAGCUGAACAAACGUGCAUCAGGGCAAGCGUUCGAGGUCAUCCUGAGCCCCUCGACCCCAGAUGCCAAGGUGGACUUUCCAUUGUCCCCCAACAAGAAAAAGGAAACAUCACUGGAUGAGAUUAAGAGGAAACUGGAAGCUGCAGAUGAGAGACGCAGGAGCCACGAAGCUGAAGUGCUGAAACAUUUAGCAGAGAAACGAGAGCACGAGAAAGAGGUCAUCCAGAAGGCCAUAGAAGAAAGCUGCAACUUCAGCAAGCUGGCACAGGAGAAACUCAAUCAGAAGAUGGAGGCUAACAAAGAGAACCGCACGGCACGGAUGGCAGCUCUCAAUGAAAAGUUCAAGGAGAAGGACAAGAAGCUUCAAGAAGUGAGGAAGAACAAGGAGUCAAUUAAAGAAACUGAAAACUAAUUUGUUCUUGGUCUUGAAAGCAGUCUUUACAAGUCCAAAGAUAAGCUAUAUUUUCUUAUCUGAAAUUCUUCCCAAAUCGUCAUACUGUUAGAAAUCCUGAUGCUGUGGAUUAUACCGGUUAGAUUGUGUGUUCCUGUAUUCUGACUUUUAUUCUAGUAGAUUUCUCUUUGGCAGCUGGUUACUUUGUAGCUUUUUAUAGAGGGAUUUGCUUGUGAUAAAUUGGUGAUUAUACUUAUUAUAUGUUCUUCUAAAUGGUUAAUAUUUAAAGCAAGUUUAAACUGACUUUAAUGUACAAGACUUCAUGUAAUAGACUUAAAUCAUCCUCUUUUCCACAGUUCAGUAUGUCAGUUACGUAGGAUGGUUGAAUAUAUUUGCCUUGAUAUCAGUGUGAGAUCAUAUGUUGCUUGUGUAUUGCUCGACUAUCAACAUUCUUUUUUUUUUUUAGAAAUGAACAUGUUGUAAGUUUCAUCGUUAUAUGACAACUAUUCAGGUACAUUGGUGCUUGCCUAUUAAUAAAUACUUUCACAUUGCUGAGA